GGCCUGCCUCUCUAGCGCGGAGGGAGCGGGUGGGUUCGCAGCGUGAAGCGCGUGUCUGCGUGGCGGUGGGGUUCUCUCCCGGAGGCAGACUAUGGCGGGCCCGCUGACUGUGCCCUGGACGCCUCCACAUGACCCGGGGACGCCGGCGCUGUCGGUGGUGGACAUGCACACAGGCGGCGAGCCCCUGCGCAUUGUGCUGGCGGGGUGUCCGGAGGUGGUCGGCCCCACACUGCUGGCCAAGCGGCGCUACAUGCGCCAGCACCUUGACCAUGUGCGGCGACGGCUCAUGUUCGAACCCCGGGGGCACCGGGACAUGUACGGAGCUGUGCUGGUGCCGAGCGAGCUGCCCAACGCGCACCUGGGCGUCCUGUUCCUGAACAACGAGGGCUACAGUUCUAUGUGCGGCCACGCUGUGCUGGCGCUGGGCCGCUUUGCGCUCGACUUCGGGCUGGUGCCGGCGCCUCCGUCCGACGCCCAAGAGGCACUGGUCAACAUCCAUUGCCCGUGCGGGCUGGUGGCCGCGUUCGUGGAGUGCGAGGGCGGCCGCAGUCGUGGCCCGGUGCGCUUCCACAGUGUCCCGGCCUUCGUGCUGGCCACAGAUUUCCUGGUGGAUGUUCCUGGUCAUGGAAAGGUGGUGGUGGACGUCGCAUAUGGUGGUGCAUUUUAUGCAUUUGUUAGUGCUGAAAAGUUAGGACUCGAUGUUUGUUCUGCAAAGACAAGGGACCUCGUGGCUGCAGCAAGCGCGGUGACAGAAGCAGUGAAGGCUCAGUUUAAAAUUAAUCAUCCUGACAGCGAAGACCUUGCUUUUCUAUAUGGAACUAUAUUAACAGAUGGAAAAGACACUUACAAUGAGGAACCAACCACCAAUAUCUGUGUGUUUGCAGAUGAACAGGUUGACAGAAGUCCGACCGGCUCAGGAGUGACAGCCCGAAUUGCCCUUCAGUAUCACAAAGGGCUUCUAGAACUGAACCAGACCAGAGCCUUUAAAAGCAGUGCAACUGGCUCAGUAUUCACAGGGAAGGCUGUGAGGGAAGCAAAAUGUGGUGAUUUUAAAGCUGUCAUAGUGGAAGUAUCUGGACAAGCGCAUUACACAGGUUAUUCAACUGGUCAGUGAUAGAACUAGGACCUGAACCUCAGAGCUCCGUGUUCCCUCCUCUAUUCUCUAUUGCCCCCACAAGAUCCAUGAGUGGAGCCACUGAGGAAGAGAAGUUGCGGUCCUGUCAUCAUCAGCAACACCAUGAUCAGCAUCACCAUCCACUGGUUUUAUUUUGCAUGUCAUGUAGAACAGCUUCCUGGAGUGCUAAGGAAACUAAAGGGUAGAAAUCACAUUACCUGCCUUAAGAAGGCAUACAGCCUAAUUGAGGACUUUGUGCUUUAUAAAAAUUGCCCAUAAUCAGUACUCUUUAGUUUAUCUGUGAGGAAGAAAGGGUGCAGCAUUUUCAGAAGUGGUUAUCAAAGAGAGGAGAUGGAUUUGGAAGCAAAAGACAUGUCGGUAAAGUCCAAGAGCCAUCUGGUCCAGUUGUAAAUACUUGGAGACAAAAAUUUGUGCCUUGAAUAAAAGAUGUGAA